GUAACUGCAGGGCUCAGCAAUGCCACCCCAGACGAAGUUCAUGAAGCAAUCAUACAUCCAAUCAGAAUGCUCUUCCUUGUCUGUAUCAAGAAUAAAGAUGUAUACAUUCGUGUGCGAGGCGACGAAUCUUUCUAUUACCUUAUCCUAUCCGAGUGGAACCCGGCUACCUUGGCUACUCCUUUCGCACCUGCGCUGCUUGGGAAACUUGUCUCUUUGUUCGUCGGUGCACGUCGCCGUUAUCUAUCAGACGAACAUUCUACAGAAGAAACUACGAACCUGACAACAGCCAUUGAUGGAUUCAUCACAAUAGUUGAUCAAGUUGAUAGCACCAUUGAAACAAGACGUGUCCCUAGCCUAAAGGCCCCCAAAGCCUUUAAAGUCACCCGUCCGUGGCCUCCCGACUACUUCAGCAAGCUCGAUGUCGCGAUACUGGGGGAGACCACAACUCGGAAGGCGCUCUUCGGCAUCGAUCACGAGAAUAGAGGGGAUGAGGAAGACGCACCUUUGUAUCCGCACGACCAGAGUCUUCCCCUAUAUGUCCGCAAGUACCUCUGCUGGUUAUCCUUGACCGAAACGAUGCCCGAGUCCAAGGGUGCGCUGUUUCUUGCUCCUAUAGCAUUCAUCUCCGACAAACAGCGCCAAGAGUGGUACAGGCCUACUGGACAUAAGUCUCGCUUCUACGCCACAGUGAACGAGUUUCUCGGCUACGCCAAGGUAGAAUUUGAGAAGACAGGAAAAGGAGCAAAGCACCAUGUGAUCGGUCUCCUUACUCCGUGGUUCUUUGAUGUAGAAGAAGUUGCAUCGGCGGCAGCAAAAAGAGAUGAAGCUAUUCCCAUUGUGUGGGAGAAGACAUGCUUCAGGGCUGGAAUGGUGCUUUGCCUAAGCAAGUUCGAACGGGAUGGUUAUCUGUGGCGUAUUCAGUUGGCUAUGUUUAAGCCAGGCCUCCCUUACUAUCAGAGCGCAGCCGAGCCGCAGAGCCGGCAAAAAAAGCAAGAUGUGUGGAUUACGGAACUCCUAAAGAAGGUCAAUGAAUACUUUUGUGUGUCGAGGGCGUGGACCGGAGGUAAAUCUCAAAACCAUGUUAGUCCUCCGUCUUCUCGCAAAGUCUCAGCCGACUCGGUUGAAUUAUCGAGUGAAUUUAUCACGGAAAUCAUGGAGGCCCCGGGCGUGCUUCCUAUAACGGCUGUAGAACACGUUAAUAUGGGAUUUGAAGCUAUGAGAGGGUAUGAUGGGUAUCCCAGCUUAUAGAAAGUAAUAUGGAAGGGUCAAGAUAUUGGCAAAGAGCAGAGGCGAUACCACGCAAGUCUACUCUAGAUAUAGUUUAGACAGUAUUUGUCAUGAAUGUCUAAUAGUU